AUGUCGGCCAUAGGUCAACAGUUAAAUCACGACACAGCAAGAUUUUUCAGCAAUAUUGUCACGAAUCUCGUCCAUUUGGAUGAAGAUGAAAAGGGUGAUAAUGAUCUUGAGGGCGACACUGAUGCACCAUUUCAAAACCAUGCCUUCCUCCUCUAUAUACGUCUUUGUUUGCAUGUUGCCGUUACAGAUCAACCCACCAAGGGCCUGAAAAGAUUGCCCUUUGGUCCAAAGCUGCCGCCAUCGGAAAAGCAAGAAAGCAAGGACCCAGCUCUGUCGAAGUUUUAUUCAUUUUGCGAUAAGGAUAAGUCAAGUAUGCUUGAUGAACGUGAAUGGACAAUUGGUCUAUUGACUCUAUUCAAAUAUAUCGAUAAGGAUCUUACUGUCGAUAAUCUUCUUCCAAUUGUUUAUGAUCAUACACAAGAUUCAGUGCAUGAAUACUGUAAUAAAAAUGAUUUUCAAACGUUAAUUAUCGAUACGCUCACCGAACACCUACGUAUUCAAACGUUUCAAGCGCCUACAUUUUCGAAAUUAAAAUGUUCACCUUCACUAUUUGAUGAAAAUAUCGAGGACUUAUGUAAGAAAACUUAUAAGACACUAACAGAAAGUUUGAAAGUAUCCGAUGGUAGUAAGAACAAGAGUCCAUUUUCCGUAGGUGCUACUAUUCGGUACACAUUAUUAUUUCUAUUAGGUGUUAUUGGUCUACCAAUUGUUGUCUUUGUUCGACUGAUAUAUUAUUUAAAUGAGGAAGAUAAUCGUUCAAAAUAUGUAGCCAAAAUUGUAUGGAUUUUUAUUACUAUUCUUCUCGCUUUUCUUUGUGCACUAUUGACGACUGUUGUCUAUUUGAUUAUAAUCAAUAUUAUCUUGUAUCACGUCUAUUAUGAUGAUAAUUCCGACUGGCACGUCAAUUCUCUUGAAGCAUAUUGGCCAUUUGCACUUAUGAUUUAUAUGGUUGCAGUUGCUUAUCUUUAUACAGUACAUAGGUUCCUAUCGACUAAAACCGAGAAGAAGAGACGAGAAUUUGAACGAUAUCGUGAUGAAUCUGAAAUUCAAAUGCUUAAACAUGAAGUCAAAGUGACAACGAUCGAUGGCGACCGUAUGACGGUCGCACAAUUUGAAUCAAAAGAUGGUUCAUCAGAUAAAAAACAAACAAUUAAUAAAACAAAGAGGAGAAAGAUUUGGAAUAAAUUGCCCAAGGUUUUCCAUGAAAUUUAUAAAUCAGAAAUUAAAACGAAAAAAAAGCCAAUGAUUGUACUGAAAAUAGUCGAAUUAAUUUUCCUCGUCGGUCUUGCUUCGAUUCAUACGUGUAUACCUGUUAUUUAUCGUACAUAUAUCAGCAAUGCAACAUAUCCAAAUACAACAAAACCAUUUCAAGUUGACCUUAUUAAAACAUCCUAUUAUAUUCUUGGUCUUCCUCUCUAUUUGACAUUUCUUCUUAUGCUUAGCUAUGCAUUUUCCAUGUACAAAAUUCUUUAUUCAGAAGUUCUAGUUAUUUUACGACAAGCUGCAAAUGACAAUAGAUAUGAUGUAAGUUUACCGAAAUCAAAGAAAUAUUAUUUAAAUUUGAAAGAUGGAAAUAAUCUUGAUCUUUUUCUGGCUCAAUUACGUGAUAUUGCUCUUGCUACAAUAACUGGUGCACUCAUUUUUAAUUUGAUCUUGGUCAUUGUCGCCAUUGGUCGACUAGUGUACUAUGGUUUGGGUGGUCUGUCUACACUUACAACUACCUUUACAAUUAUUGACAUUAUUAUUCUAUCUAUUUUUAUCAUUCUUUUUCUACUCGGCAUUGCUAAAAUCAAUACAACAGCAACAACAAAUGUACUUGAAUUGCUCUUGCGUACGAAAAAGGAAGCACUUCAAGUGACAUCGAAACGUACACGUACUAAGACAACUGGGGACAUUGAAUAUUUGAAUGCGAUAAGUGAACAUUUGGCUUCCCAUCGAGAUGCCUAUUCAAUUACUCUCUUCGGACUGAGGAUUGAUCAAACCCUAAUAAAGAGUAUUGUAAUUAGCAUGAUAUCCGGUGUUGCUGCGUCUGCUUUAUCCAUGAUUAAAAAGCAGGUACUGAGGGUAGAUUAGAUAUCGACCUAUGUUUUGUGUUGUCUUUCGUGUUCUUUUAUAUAUGCCUGUGUUUUUAUUGCUAUUAUAACACAUUUUUAUACACUAUCUGGACACAAUCGAGUUUCUCUGUGAUAUGGCUUUGUCUUUGAAUAAUAAACAUCAAAGACUACAAAAAACUCGCUUUGAUUUUCCUUUAAUUUCUUGUCGAAAUUCAAAUUCACACACUUGUAGCUGCAGUCUAUGCAAUCAUGUGUCAACGUCGUGAGCGUGAAACUCUGAAACAACCUCUCGAUAAUACUUUCAUAACGGUUGAAAAAAUGUACGCGUUUUGGAAAGCCAUACAUAAUUGAACGACAGAUAUGCCUGUGAUUCCAGUCGCAAUGAUUGUGUUUCUCAUCGACGAAACAAGACGUUUUGAACUAAAUAAACGGGCAUAAUAUCUGGGUCUUUGCAUUUGAAAGGAUUCUUGAAAGAGUUUGACUCGCGAAAAAAUUCCCCAUUUGCUUGCAGGCGGGGCAAGUUGUAAUCAGCGGUAGUUUUGCUACUAAAAUCUAAUUCCUGACCAAUUUCAACACUAUUUCAAGCUCAUUGCGAUACAAAACAUGUUCAGCUCGUCAAACUCGGCAAAUUUAAACUCUUCAAUUCAAACAUUCAACUCGGUUUGGUGCUCACAAACGAAACCUAAAAAGUGUUUCGAAUUUCGCUAGGUUUCGUACUGUACGUUUUUCUACUACAGUGUAGUGUGAGUUAUGGGACUAUACGGGAACAAGUAAGAAAAAGCUAAACUUUUGCGCUUAGAAGUUUCUUCAUAUGAGCUUCCGAAUGAUAUACUUCAAUAGAAAAGAAAAAUCCGCCUCGCAACGUUCCUUCUUGAUGAGCCGAAAAGUUGAUUAAUGAUUAAAGUCAAAUGUUUUCGCACCGAAUGAGCGCCAGCUAUCGAUAGUGCUUCACGAAAAUGCAGGUAUACGCAUUUAAUGACGAGUAGAAUGAAAAUAAAACCCUUGAAAUCACUGUCACUUUUCGAAGGAGAUUGCAAGAGAAAGGGAGAGUGAAAUUCAUUUCAAGGCUUCACG